AUGACUGAAGGAGAUGGGGAUCCGCGAAGGGGGCCGGACAAAGAAGGGGAGGUGGUGGUUGCGUAUUUGGGGCCCAGGGCGACGUAUUCGCAUCAGGCCGCUCUCUCCCUCUUCCCCCCUUCCCCCACCAUAGUCCACAAGCCAGUCCCAACGAUCCCCUCUGUCUUCUCCGCCGUCCAAUCCGGCGCCGUGAACUACGGCAUCGUGCCCUUCGAGAACAGCACCAACGGCUCCGUCGUCUUCACCCUGGACCUAUUCGCAGAUCGGGAGCGCAGGAAUCCGGAUGUGGUAGUCUGCGGAGAGGGCUACGUGCGCGUGAGACACUGUCUAGUCGGCCACCCCAACCCAGCUACUACUACCGAGAGAACCGAGAAUGUGAACGAAGAGAGGAAACAGCACAAUCCAGCAGACCUCUCGGACCUAGCGCACAUAACGACACUCUACACGCACCCCCAGGUCUGGACGCAAUGCACCCGUUUCCUCUCCCUGCUGUCGUCCUCCUCGACCUCUGAGACUAUAGACCGCAUCGACACGUCGUCGACGUCGCGCGCAGCCGAGCUCGUCGCCCACGACCCCAGUCGUUGCUCUGCGGCUAUAUGUAACGCGCUCGCCGCGCAGACCUUUGGUCUUCCCAUCCUGCGGCAAGACAUCCAGGACGACGAGGGGAAUGAAACGCGGUUCUUCGUGCUUAGAAGAAGAGAUGCGCCGGCUUCACUCCCCGCUUCCUCACCCUACUCUGCCUCCACUUCGUCUCAAAUCCCGACUCAGCCCCAGACCCAGAGUCAAACACAAGAAGAAGAGGACGACGACGAUGACAAAGACUGGAAAACCCUCGUAUCCUUCACCAUCGAACACCACCACCCGGGCAGCCUGGCCCAGUGCCUCGCCGUCUUCGAGCGCCACGCCAUCAACCUGACGAGUAUCAAUACGCGGCCCAGCGGCGAGGGGAGGUGGAAUUAUGUGUUUUUUGUCGAGUGUUGGGGGCGGAGGAGGAGGACGAGGGGUGGGGAGGAGGGUGCAGGGCUGGAGGGAGGGGGGAAGGGGGAAGAGGAGGGGCCGGUGGAUAGGGCGUUGAGGGAGUUGGAUGGCAUGUGUAGGGGUUGGAGGUGGUUGGGGAGUUGGAGGAGUAAUGCUAGUGGUUGA